AUGUCCACCGCCCGCCCUGAUGUCAAGCGCGUCCGUUCCGACCAGGACCACUCCAAGAAGUCUACCAAGGAUAACGAGGACAAGCGUCAAAAGUCCGAGAGCAAGGACGAUGAAGAGAAGGAGGAGAACAAGGAUGUGGACUGGUUGAACGAGCAACCGUUCAGGGCGAAUGAGAGCUGGGAGAGUUGGACGACCGUUUGGAGGCAGAGCUGCUGGUGUGGAAAGGUCGCGUUCGUUUACAAUGCCGAUCCUCUUCAGGCCAAGAUCUGCCAUUGCGAAGACUGCCAAAGACUGCACGGAGCUCCCUUCCAGCACGCCGCGGUGUUCAAGAAGGAGAUGGUCAGGCUUGAUUCGGACCCGGAAUGGCUUGGCUUCCUCAGUGCACAUGGCGAAGUUCAUCCCCUGUCCAAAACCCCCACUCCCAUCCCCCACAAGAUCUCAUGCCGCGCCUGCGGCUCGCCCCUCAUGGACCAAGGCAACAACAUGAUCAUGGCCUUCCCCCCCACCUUCGAAUGGCCACGUACGAACAAAGAGGUCGAAGAGGGCAACUCGAAAGCCGGUGACAAGGAUGCUGGCGAGCAGGAGAAGAAGGAGGACUCGCAUGCCGCGGGCGGAGAGGGACACAAGCGCAAUGGCAAGUGGGAGAGGCCGGGCUUGCCCGAUGUGUUCAAGCCACAGUGCCAUAUCUUCUAUGAGAGGCGGGUGGUGGAUGUGGCGGAUGGGCUGGUCAAGUGGAGGGGACACAAGGAUACCGAAAAGAUGGAGGACAACCAGCGAUAG